GAUUCUGGAGUGACCAGCGGGGGGCAGGUCCACUCAGCUCCGUGUUUAAACUUCUCCCUGCUGUACUUAUGUGUUUGAUUACGCUGCGCAGCUGGAGGAGCAGAGUCUUUACUUCAGAGUCAUCUGUGGUGAAAGGGGGAGUUGCGGAUGCAGUCCCGGGGCACGGCCUGCCAUUGCGUCGCCAACUAUCCGGACGCUGAGGUUGUGUUUCUGGGAAAGCCUCCUGUGAGUUUUUUUUUUCUCUUUUUGAACAGGGCAGAACCAGCUCGUUUUCCGCUGUUUGUCGACUUCAUGGAAAAUAAAUAAGUGGAGCCUGAGGACGCUGCGUAAAGUACAGGAUUGUUGUGUUCCAGCGCGCGCUAAAGGAGAAUGAGAGACAGCUGACUCAGGAAAAGUUAUUUCGUGAUUUCUGUUAUUCUCAAGGAAAAAAAAAAACAAAACCUGGAGAUCUGCAAAUCAAAGUGGGUUACUAAACGUGAAACUUUUAAUCUGACGUCGCUGCCAUGACGCUUUGGAUCAUUACGCACGGGCUUUUUUAACCUGAUCCGUGCGUAAUAAUACAUUCUACUUGUCUUUUCGUCAGGACGCAUCUCAUGUGUGGCGUCAUCUGGAUUGAAUUCCUCCCAAUGCGCUAAAGACGCGUCGGAUUUACUGGUCCAUCCCGGAUCAGAACUUUUUCACAGUUGUACUCGGACUCCUGACAGAAUGCACGGAUCCUUUGUGUUGAGUUUGAUGCUUUUAUACGCGCUGAGCUGGACUGGGCUCACGGAUAAACCCACGCACCUCCAGCGCGUUCAGCAGCUCUCCAGACGCGCCAGACCGGGCCGUUUGGUGAGCGCUUUGGACAAUAAGGAGCGUGUGACCGGACGAGCGCGCGCCAGGUUUGACCCUUCAUCCCGCAGCCCCACUAAAGCGCAGGACGUCCAGGCUGAUGAAGGGGCCCCUGUGUUUAGGAGAACGGCCCGUAUGCCCAGCGGACCGGGCUCUCCAAACCUGCUGGCGUCCUUCGCGGGUAAAAACAGGGUGCUGGUGAUCUCUGCGCCCCACGAGUCGGACGGGUAUUACCGCAUGAUGAUGUCACUGCUCAAACCGGACGUGUACUGCGAGCUGGCGGAGCGGCACGUGCACCAAAUCGUCCUGUUCCAUCAGGAGGGAGAGAUGGGAGGCAAAGUGCGCAGGAUCACCACGGAGGGCAAGGUCAUGGAGGAGCCUCUGGACACUGCGCUCAUCCCCAGGCUCAUGACGUUCCUCAAAAUGGAGAAAGGUAAGUUUGGGAUGGUGCUGCUGAGGAAAACGCUGCAGGUGGAGGAGCGGUACCCGUAUCCCGUGAGGCUGGAGGCGAUGUACGAGGUCAUCGACCAGUCGCCGGUCAGGAGACUGGAGAAGAUGCGGCAGAAAGGAUUCGUCCAGAAGUGUAAAGGAGCCGGAGUGGAGGGCCAAGUGGAGCAGGGCACGUUCACAGCUGUUGAUGCACCGGAAGACAGAAAACCACCAAAGCGGAGAAAGCCAACUACGACCACAACGACCGUCUCUACGACAACCCCACGCCCCACCACCACAACAACCAAACCAACCACCACAACUACGAAAGCUACUACUACUACUACAAGACCUACUACUACUACUACCAGAGCUACUACUACUACAACUAGAGCUACUACUACUAAAGCGACUACUACGACAACAAGAGCGACUACAACCAAACGUACCACAACUACCACAAGACGCCCCACGACUACGACCACACAGAGGACCACCAGAGCCCACACCACCGCCGCGUGGUUCCCCGCGCCCGGGACGACCUCUGACCCCGACGAUUACUACAACCGGAGAGACAGGACCAGGACGACCCCGGCAGGAGACAACCGCACGGACAACAGAGAGCCGCACGGGCGAAAGCAGGUGCCCUCAAUACAUAAACCAACGAGAGUCAAGCCAGGCAAGAAGAAAACGCCAACGGAAAAAGUCUUAACCAACGAGUACGAAGACAAGUUUGAACCCAGCCGGCCAACAGACACUGACCUCGAGGAAACUCUCUCCGAAACGAGCCCCACCAAACGAGUCAAGGUGAAACAAGAUACAGCGGAGAAGAAGAAGAAGAGGGCUGACAAGGCUGCCAAGAAAGCAGAGAGGAGAGGAGGGAAAGAGGGCAGGAACGGAGGCAAGAAAAACGGGAAGAAGCUGUCAAAAUAUCCUGAAAUAGACCAAUAUCCAAAGAUGCCAAAGAGACCUACGCCCCCGCCGAAGAGCUCCCUGGCCACGUUCCUGGAUUACUUUGAGAACAGGAGAAGGCUGCUGCUCAUCACGACGCCCAGUGAAGACAACAGCAUGUACGUCCAACAGAGAGACGAAUACCUGGAGUCUGUGUGUGAAAUGGCCAUAAGGAAGAUCUCCAUUAUCACGAUCUUUGGCACGUUCACCAACUCCACCAUGAAGAUUGACCAUUACCAGCUCGACAAUGACAAACCGAUGAAGGGUCUGCGUCAGGAGGACCAGGUGAACCAGGCGCUGAUCGUGGAGCUGCGGCGGGAGUUCAGUAUGAUGUACGAGGACUUCUACAUGAUCCUCACCGACACCGACAUGAGAGUCAAGCAAACCUACGAAGUCCCCAUCGCUAUGAAGGCCGUGUUCAGUUACAUCGACACGUUUUCCACUCGGAUCAGAGAGAUGGAGCAGCAGAAGCGAGACGGAGUGGCCUGUAAGAAAGAGGACAAGCCGCGCUCACUCGAGAACUUCCUCUCCAGGUUCCGCUGGAGACGCCGACUCUUCAUCAUCUCGGCCCCCAGCGACGAAGAGUGGUCCUACCAGCAGCAGCUCUACGCUCUGUCCAGCCAGGCCUGUAAUCUGGGUUUGAGACACAUCGCCAUCUUGAAGCUGGCCGGCACUGAGGCUCUGGACAUGGGCGGAGUUUUGGAACUUUAUCCAAUCAACGGCACAGCCACAGUGGAGCGUGAGAGUCUGUCAGGGACUCUCGUCAAAGACAUGAGGAACUACUUCCAGAUCAGCCCCGAGUACUUUUCGAUGCUGCUGGUGGGAAAAGACGGGAACGUGAAGUCCUGGUACCCCUCGCCCAUGUGGUCAAUGGCUAUUAUUUACGACCUGGUGGACUCGAUGCAGCUGCGCAGACAGGAGAUGGCCAUCCAGCAGUCUCUGGGCAUGCGCUGCCCCGAGGACGAGUACGGCGGGUACGGGUACCACCAGCACGGGUACGAACACGGGUACCAGGACGGAUACCACCAGGGCUACGGCUACAAAUAGACUACAUAUAAUUUUGUGAUGAACUUAAUGAUCUGAGAAUACUUUUCACGUUUUUUUUAUAUAUCCGGAUGAGUAUUUCUGGUUUUGUAGCACUUAGUGGAGGCUUAAAAUCCAGCUUUCACCUCUGAGUUUACGACAUAACGCAGUGUAAAAUGGGCAGGGCUUAGGGAGCGUCUCGAGAGGGGGCGUGUUUAUGGAGCGGUCGUCUCUAUGUACAUGUUUUAUUCACUUUGUUUCACGUGUUCAUAUUUCCAGUGCGUCUGUUUUGUAGAAAUGAAGAGAAGAUGAAAUAUUAAAAAUGGCCGUUGCUUUAAAAAGGCACAGAUCGCGCAGAAAAGACUUGGAUAUUUCCGUGUUGUAAAAUGUGUUUUUCCUAUAUAGUCUUUUAUUUAUACUGUAUAUUGUAUUAUAUGACGAAUAAAAAUGUUUACUUUGUGUCGCUUUAGUAACUGUUGUUUGGACUAAGUUUUACCUUUGGCUGAAGUUUCCCUGUGCGAUGUUUAGAGCAGAUUAGUGCAGCAAUUACAUUUUACAAUUUAAGUCUUGC